UCACCAGAGCCAAUGGGAAGGGGCUGCCCCGCGCCCGCAAAGAGUUUGUAGAGGGAGUUCGGAGGUGGUACGUUGCAUUCCGGUACCGGACGCCGAGAGCGGUUUGUCUCCGUCUCUGGAGUUGUAGGCGAGAGGUGAUCAUGUCCGGUCGCGGAAAACAGGGCGGCAAAGUACGAGCAAAGGCCAAAUCCCGCUCCUCCCGCGCGGGCCUGCAGUUCCCGGUGGGCCGAGUGCACAGACUGCUGCGCAAAGGGAACUACGCGGAGCGAGUGGGCGCCGGGGCGCCGGUGUAUCUGGCGGCGGUGCUGGAGUACCUGACGGCGGAGAUCCUGGAGCUGGCUGGCAACGCCGCGCGUGACAACAAGAAGACCAGGAUAAUUCCCCGCCACCUGCAGCUUGCCAUCCGCAACGACGAGGAGUUAAACAAGCUGCUGGGCAAAGUGACCAUCGCUCAGGGAGGCGUCCUGCCCAACAUCCAGGCCGUGCUGCUGCCCAAGAAGACGGAGAUUUGUGGGCACUCAGGACCAAGUUCUGGGAAGAGACCGUCGGAUCGAGCUGGGCUCGGGGCAGGAAGUGUCUCCGGCCAUAUUUUUCAAAAAGUGGAGUAACUUUCCGUCUUGGAAGGGUGGUUCUGACGGCACAAUAUUAAUUUAAGAGAUUCUUCUUAGCCUAGUAGCUGCUGUGCUUUCAUGCUUUGGAUAUCAGAUAUCCUUAUAUAGCACCUUAUGUUCAUAUUUUUUUAAAUGAAGGAAACGUUCAAUUUCAGUCAUGAGGUUGGAAAUUGGUUCCCCGGACAGUCAUAUUGCAUAACAUUGCAACGCCUUUAGUCGUGAGUUACAUAUGCUUGAGCUUUUAAAGUGAUGUUUUCAGGUUUCUAGCUUCAUAAUGAUCCUGUCUUCAUAUUAUAUUCUCUUUGAGACUCAGUUUGACUUUGCUUUAAAACAAAGCAAAAACCUCUUGCUUUUAGGGGUUCUUAACCCAACAAAUAACCUGUUUGAAAUCUCUUAUAUUCUCCCACUAGCCUGAAGCAAUGACCUCAUUCCAGUAAUGUCUUUGGGAGUUGCAUUGCCUAAUGGCACGAUAUUGCUUUAAUAAACAUGUGAGGAAAGAUAGGGCCAAAUACUUAAGUGCAGGGAGAAACACAUUUCAGACCAGGAAUCCAUAUUUAAGAGUUAACACUAGUAAUCAUCUGCCCUUAGUUGACACUCCCAUUUAUUUCAUCCUUCUCAGCUAAUUUCAUCCUGGCCCACA